AUGUGUUAAGCAACUCAUGAUUACAAUUUUCAAAUUUUCAUAGAUUUUUUAUUUGGUGGAAGUUCAGGAAUGAUAAUUAAAUCAAUAUUUUGCACUUUUGAAGAACUUUAGUUUUUAAGUUUGAAAAGGACUUUAUAUGAGAAAUAAAAUAGCAAUUCUGGAUUAUUUGACGGUUGUAAAUAAGCUAUUUAGGAUGGUUCUCUAUUUAGACAAAUAAGAAAAAACAAUAAAAUAGUUCAAUAUUCAUUAAUGUAAGCAUUGAAUUUUUCAAUAUAUGAUGCUUUAAAUAGAAAGUUAUUACCAGAUAUUAAUGAAAAGUAAAAAUUAUUUAAGUGAAUUUUUUCUUCAUUUAUUUAGAUAUUUUAGUUGUACAUUAUUAAAUGGGGGAAUUGCAGGGAUAAUUUCGUUAUCAAUUUUUUAUCCAUUAAAUUAUAGUAAAGUUAGAUUAGUGAAUAAUAUAUUAAAAGCAAGCAAAGAGAAAUAAACUUUUUGGUAUACAUUAAAUGAUAUGUAUAAAGGAUUUGGAUUGUCAGGAAUAUGUAUAUUUUUAUAUAGAGGAAUUUAUUUUGGGUAGAUUUAUUAUAAAACAAUAGAGGUUAUGAUACCGGUCAGUAUUUAUUAUGGGGACAAGAAGCAUCUUUGAGAAAUCAAUUAAGUUUGAGCAAUUUUUUAUUGGCUCUGUUUGUAGUUUCCUUAUCAUAAACUCUUGUACAUCCACUAGAUACAAUAAGGAAGGAUUUAAUUCUAUAAAAUUCAAGUAGUUUAUAAAUUGUAAAAUUAAUCUUAAAAAUCAAGGGGUUUUUAGAUUGUGUAGAAAAUAUUUAUAAAUAAGAAGGCUUAAAAGGUUUAUUUAAGGGAUAUUUUCCAGUAAAAAUAAGGCAUUUGGGUUUUGCAUCAUAACUUAUAUUAUAUGAUAAAUUUUAACAAUUAUUCAAUUCAAAAUUAUAUUAUUGA